GUCAGUCAGCGUCGCGGUUAGUCCGAAUGAGGAUCACAGUGGCUUUUCAAAUCUCGAGCUGUUAAGAGAAAGAGAGAAGGAGAGAAAGAGAGUGAAAGGGAGAAAGAGAGGGAUUCCGAAUCGUUGGGGUGGAUGUGGGACUUGUUCAUUCAUCUCCAGUUUGUCGAGUUUCUCACUAUCGUUUAGUGCACACUCUAACGUUCUCGAUCCGGCGUUUCAAAUUCUGCGAUGUUUUCGAAAAUUUUUUGGAUGCUUGAAAUCAUCUUCGUCGUCGCUGUAGCGACUCAAGUGGCGGGUCACAGAGGAUUCAAAAGUGUUCCAACUACUGUCAAGACUUUCGAAAAUGACACGGUGCUCCUGCCAUGCUACGUGGACAAUUUAGGCACACCGGCUCGCGUUCGCUGGUGGCGUGAUAGCGUCUUGCUUGCGGACAGCGGCGAAGCAGCCAUGCCACUUCCGGCGAGGAUAAAAAUGCGGGAGAACAAUAGUCUGGAGGUAUCUUACGUGAAACCUGAGGACACAGGGGAAUACGUCUGCCAAGCAUCGAGGCCAGCGCCUUGGGGUCACGUGACUCAAGUCCACGCCAUAGAAGUCAUGUAUCCACCAAGUGUUCAUCCAGUUCCGGAAUCUGGAGAACUGGAGGUAGCGAUGGGUGACGACGUAGACAUGGCUUGUGUUGCCAAGGGUAUUCCAACGCCGAUAAUAUCCUGGAGAUCAAAGGGGGAAGACCUACAGCUCAUAGAUGACAGACCAAGACUUCGAUUCCACGCUGAUACUCACGAUCUUUCAGGACGGUACACUUGCGUGGCGACAAAUGGAGUCGGUCAGCCGGCAACUGCGACUAUAGAUCUUCGCAUAAAACACAAACCUGAGAUCGAGGUAAAGAAAAACUGGGUUCACGCAUCGCCUGGAAUCAGGGCACAACUCGACUGCAAAGUGAUUGCCUGGCCAGACGCAAAGGUGGAGUGGUAUUUCAAGGAUGAAAAGGUUCCUUACACGUCAAGAAUCGUCAAACAUACUUCUGGAAGUGACCACAGUUUGAUAAUCAGAAACACCAGAACCACUGACUACGGUGACUAUUUGUGCCGAGCGUCGAAUGUUCUGGGCAUCAGCGACGCAGUAAUUGAGCUGUCCGGAGUUGCGAAUCCAGCAAUAUUCAAAAAAGAGUCUCACAGCAUCGGUAAAACUGCUUAUAAUUUCAUUUGGGAAGUCGACAGCUACAGUCCGAUCAUCGAGUACCAAUUUUGGUUUCGCCAAUUUGUGAGAGGUGGGGCACGCAGCGAAUGGUACAAAUUGCUGAUUCCCAGCGGAAGUAAUGCAAUUGGUCCUGUGCACGCCCGAUCAUUUAAUCUCACCGGUCUGGCCGAAGCAACUCACUACGAAGGUCUCAUAUUAUCAAGAAAUCGUUACGGCUGGAGCCGACCCUCAAGAUUGCUGCGAUUUUCGACUGAAGGCGCACCGGCAGAAGACGACGACGGUUUGAGAGUGGAAGCAUCCCCUGAACAAAAAAUUAUGCCAGUCGUCGAACUGGAGCCGAUGUCUCAGCACUCGCAACGCAGCGGUGGAUAUGCCAGCAGUGGAUCAUGGCCGGAUUCUCGAACGCGAGAGUUCUACUUUAUCCAAUUGUCCGGUGCGUUGGUAAUUUGCACUGUGCGAAUCGUCGUAGGCAGAUAUCGAUAAGUCAGUUUCAAUGGUUCAGCAACAAAUCCUCGAUAUUUACCCCCAAGACUGAAAACGAAUUAGUUUAUAGUGGAUGUUGAUUUCGGUUUUCAAUUUGAAGUAGUUCAAAGUUUGAA